GCGAUGCAGAAGUCAAGAGGCGUCGGCCCGGCAGGAAAUCUGGGGCUAGGCCCCGCCGGCGCGCGCGAUCUCAUCCCAAUCCCAGUCCCCGCCGAGCAGUCCCUGGGCCGGGCCAAUGGACGCAGCAGAGCCGGGGCUACUCCCAGCUCCUGAGAGCAGGAAGAGGUACAGUGACAUCUUCCGGAGCCUGGACAACCUUGAGAUCUCACUGGGGAACGUGCCCCUUGAGAUGCUGGCUGGAGACCCUGCGCUUUCAGAAGACCCAGAGCCUGACAAGACUCCCACAGCUACUGUAACCAAUGAAACCAGCCUUUGGAGUGGCCCCUCCCCAGAGGGUCCUGCACCCCUUACAGGGGAAGAACUGGACUUGCGGCUCAUUCGGACCAAGGGGGGUGUAGACGCAGCCCUGGAGUAUGCCAAGACCUGGAGCCGCUAUGCCAAGGAGCUGCUGGCCUGGACUGAGAAGAGAGCCAGCCUCGAGCUGGCAUUUGCCAAAAGCAUUAUGAAGAUUGCUGAGGCUGGUAAGGUGUCAAUCCACCAGCAGAGCCACAUGCCACUUCAGUAUAUCUACACCCUGUUUCUGGAGCACGACCUCAGCCUGGGAGCCCUGGCUAUAGAGACAGUGGCCCAGCAGAAAAGAGACUACUACCAGCCCCUGGCUGCCAAGCGGACCGAAAUUGAGAAGUGGCGGAAAGAGUUCAAGGAGCAGUGGAUGAAAGAGCAGAAGCGGAUGAACGAGGCGGUACAGGCGCUGCGGCGGGCCCAGCUCCAGUAUAUACAGCGCAGCGAGGACCUGCGGGUACGCUCCCAGGCAUCCCCCGAGGACCCAGCCCCCCAGGCCUCUCCAGGACCCAGCAAGCAACAGGAGCGGCGGCGGCGCUCCCGAGAGGAGGCCCAGGCCAAGGUGCAGGAAGCCGAGGUACUAUACCAGGCCUGUGUCCGUGAGGCCAACACGAGGCAGCAGGACUUAGAGGCUGCCAAGCAGCGGAUCGUGUCUCAUGUUCGCAAGCUGGUGCUGCAGGGGGAUGAAGUGAUGAGGCGGGUGACCCUGGGACUCUUCGGGCUGCGGGGGGCACAAGCAGAGCGUGGUCCCCGUGCCUUCGCUGCCCUGGCAGAGUGCUGUGCACCCUUUGAACCCGGCCAGCGCUACCAGGAGUUCGUGCGGGCAUUGCACCCAGAGGCCCCGCCGCCCCCACCGCCUGCCUUCUCUUUCCAGGAGUUCGUGCCUGCCCCGCACAGCUCCCCUCUAGACGCAAGGAAAAAGCCCUCCGGCCCCUCACCUCCACGGCUGGAUGAGAGUGUGGCUGAGCAAGGCCCUUGGGAGGACACAGGCACAAGCUGGCAGGGGACUCCAGGCCCCACUCCAGGCAGCGAUGCGGACAGCAUGGGCGGUGGCAGUGAGUCUCGGUCCCUGGACUCUCCUACUUCCAGCCCAGGUCCUGGCAUGAGGCGGCUGGUGAAGGUCUCGUCCACAGGCACCGAGUCCUCGGACGACUUUGAGGAGCGAGACCCUGAUCUGGGAGAUGGGCUCGAGAAUGGGUCAGGCAGCCCCUUCAGGAAGUGGACACUGUCCAGCGCAGCCCAGACCCACCGACUACGGCGGCUGAGGGGCCCAGCCAAGUGCCGCGAGUGUGAUGCCUUCAUGGUCAGCGGGACCGAGUGUGAGGAGUGCUUUCUGACCUGCCACAAGCGCUGCCUCGAGACUCUGCUCAUCCUCUGUGGACACAAGCGGCUCCCAGCCCGGACAUCCCUCUUUGGGGUCGACUUCCUGCAGCUGCCCAGGGACUUCCCAGAAGAGGUGCCCUUUGUAGUCACCAGGUGCACAGCCGAGAUAGAACAGCGCGCACUGGGUGUGCAGGGCAUUUAUCGGGUCAGUGGGUCCCGGGUUCGUGUGGAACGGCUGUGCCAGGCUUUCGAGAACGGCCGAGCAUUGGUGGACCUGUCAGGAAACUCACCUCAUGAUGUCUCAAGUGUCCUCAAGCGAUUCCUCCAGGAGCUCACUGACCCCGUGGUCCCCUUCCACUUCUACGGUGCCUUCAUCUCUCUGGCUAAGGCCCUGCAUGCAGACCCUGGGCACGACCCUGGGACCCCCAGUCCCAGCCCUGAGGUUAUCCGCUUGCUGAAGACCCUCUUGGUGCAGCUGCCUGACUCUAACUACAACACCCUGCGGCACCUGGUGGCCCAUCUGUUCAGGGUGGCAGCACAGUUCGAGGAAAACAAGAUGUCUGCGAACAACUUGGGCAUUGUGUUUGGGCCGACACUGCUGCGGCCACCAGAUGGUCCUGGAGCAGCUGUCACCGACCCUGGCUCCUGCCUCCUGGACUUUGGGCACCAGGCCCAGCUUGUCGAGUUCCUCAUCGUGCACUAUGAGCAGAUCUUCGGGAUGGACGAGCUCCCCCUGGCCACUGAGCCCCUGCCUCAAGACCGGAGCCUGGCCCCUGGCUCCCUCACAACCAGCCCCCAGCCACCACCCCCAUGCUUUGCCCCAGAUCCCCUGCCCCCAGCCCUGACCUCAGACCCUGAGCCAGACCCAGAGUCCCAAAGUGCACUGGAGAAGCAUCCCGAGGCCAUGCUCCCCAAGAUUCCAACUCCACAGAGUGACCCAAGAGAGGAAGUGGCUGAAGACACCAAAGACGAGAGAGGGGAAGUGUCCAGCCAAGGCCCCGAGGACUCACUCCUGGGGACACAGUCCCGUGGCCACUUCAGCCGCCAGCCAGUGAAGUAUCCCCGGGGCGGUGUGCGGCCUGUCACCCACCAGCUGUCCAGCUUGGCCCUGGUGGCUUCCAAAUUGUGCGAGGAGACCCCUGUCACAUCAGUGCCCCAAGGGAGCUUGCGGAGGAGGGGGCCCAACCCUACUACUGCCUCUCCAGAGGGCAGCCCCUUGCGCCGCACCCCGCUGCCCAAGCAUUUUGAGAUCACCCAGGAAACAGCCCGGCUGCUCUCCAAGCUGCAAGGCGAGCCUGUGCCCAAAGCCACUUGCUGCCCAGAGGAAGCCGAGGACCAUCUCUGACUUUCCCAGCACUGACCAAGUGGCCCAAGACUGAGGAGAUGGAUCCAUUUCUUCCUAGGAGUUCAAUGUUGGGGGGUCUGGAGAGUUCUCAUAAGGAAAAACUACAUGGCCUAGGAGGAAACUAAAACAUUUUUGGGGACAAUGGAUCAGAAUCACCCCAUGAGACGCAGGUCACUGCCAAACAUCAGGGCCACUCAGGAUCAGAGGUCACUCAGGGUCAAUACUCAGGUUCAAUACAGGUCACAGGAUCCUUGGGGUCCACCCCAGUCUCAGACUCCUGGAACAGAGGUGCCUUUUGCUACUUUGGUUGUGGCCACUUCCCACUUCCCCACCUCUGCCUGCCUCCUUAGGCUAACCCCAAGUGACCAGCUCUUGGAGGUGCAGAGGGACAGGCCAGAUGACAUCCUGGUAGUGCGUGGAAUCUGAUGGCCUCUGAAUAAACUGUCUUUAUACUCUUGA